AACUGUAUUUACGAAAGAAAGACUAAUUAAAAAAACCUAUUACUAACAGUACUGGGUUAUCUACUUACUGAAACCAACUUGAAAAACAAUGGAUCUCAACCUCAUAGAUAAACUGCGACUUCUAAAAAUCGACACAGAACUUCGUCCGCAAAUAAAAAUGAAACCGAUGAGUCGCUACUACUUCAUCACAUCCACCAACCCUGGCGAACAGUUCUACGUGUUUGCCUCCACCGCCGCUUGGCUCAUCAGAAAGGCUGGGAAAGACUUCGAGCAACCAAACGAGGAAGACGACCCAAAUUCUAUAAUAGCUGCUAUACUCGACUACCUCAGAGAGAAGGAAAUAGCAAUAGACUUCUCAUCUCACAAACUAAAACAAGGCUACGGUGAGCAAGUGUGUUAUAUUCUAAACACUCUAGCAGAUGAAGCCUUGAAGAAAAUCCACUUCGAAUGGCAAAAACCUAUCGUCGACAUCCCUGAAAGCGAAGAAAACGUCGAGGACUUAGAUCAAGUUGAAGAUGAGACGGAAAUAAUCCUGGAUAAAGUUGAAGAAGAAAUGGCUAUUUACUCAGAAGAGUCUGAUGGUGAGUACGGCAAUGCAGAGGAAAAGGAGACCAGUAAUAUUGCCAAUAAGGUUCACGAUUGGGAAGCAUGGAAACUGGAGCUGGAACGAGUGGCUCCAGCUUUGAGAUUGAAGAUUUCUGCUGAUGGCCGAGACUGGAGAGCUAGGCAUUCCCAAAUGAGAACGUACAGGGAUGAAUUGUUUGAUAGGUACAAGACAACUGGGACGCAAUUGAACAAACUACACACGAACAUUAGUUCUGUUAUGGACAAGAUUUCAGCUAGGGAGAAUAUUAUCAAUGAACAGUUUGAGCCGUUAGUGAAAGAAUAUGGUUCUCUUUUAGAUGAGCUGAAUAAAGUAACUCAUGAAUAUAAGGAAGUCAGUGUUGGUGUGACAGAGAGACAAGAGUUGUUGAAUGAUAUUACUGCUAAGGUAGAAAAUAUAAAGCAGAGAACUGAAUCCAGAGGUUCAUCCAUGAAUGACAACUCUCCUUUAGUUACCGCAAAGAAAGCUGUGGCGAAUUUGAAGAAGGAUAUCCAGGAGAUGGAUUUCCAGAUAGUAGUGUUACUUUGGAUGUUGACAACGAAAGAGAAACCUAACAGUAAUAACAUUAUUGCAAACGCUGAGUCAAGAAUGGUUACUAACGAAGUAUAUUAAUUAACAUAAUAUAGGGGUUCUGCAAGGAACAGUUUUAAGUCCAGUGAGUAAUAUUGUUGUAAGAAUUGUAUGAAAUAAAAGUUGAUCAAUUGAUUUCAAUAUUUUAUUACUGUGGCCUUUAGGAAUACAGAUAUUAAAAAUAGGUUGCUAGCUCAAUAGUAUUAUGCAUGUUUAAAGUUAUCUUAUUUCUUAAUCUAAACAAAAUAACGAGUACACAAUAAUAAUGAAAAAAUAAAUCUACGAUCAUAAAAAAUAUAAAAUAAUAACUUUAAUCAUUUCCAUCUUUUCUUUGGUCUACGUUUUGAUUAAUUUUAUCUAUAAAUACUUUAUUAUGUUUCGAUGCAUUUUUAUAACUAAGACACAUUGUUUGAAGAUAUUCAAA